AAGUAGAGGAUGAAAAAAAAUCCUCAGGGACCAAUUCCGAAAUGAACUUGGUGAAACUGGCCUUGUGGACGGCCGAACCUUUUCGACGCUUGAAAUGGCUAGCUGCCGUUAUUGAGAGUAAACUUGCAUCUUUCCCGGACGGUGACGAUAUCGGUGAUGUUUUUUUAGAAGAAACUACUGCUCGCCUGACCCAACUGAGGCAAAUGCGUUCUCAUGGGGCAUCCUACCCUCAGUCGCUCAGAAAAAUCCUCGAAAUAUUUACUUCUAGGCCAGUCUUGACAAUGAUUCAAAACUGGAUGUAUCAGGGCAUUUUGAAUGAUCCCUUCAACGAAUUUUUCAUUAUCAAAAAUGAUCUGACUACUCUAAUGCGCACUUUAGGAAAAGGCGACAUUGAGUCAUUGAAGCCAGAUGAUCCUCACGACUGGGACUGGGACAAGCAAUACCUGCUUGUUCAUGCACGCAUUCCACCCUUCAUUUGUCAGAAGAUUGCGCUAGAAAUCUUGAGCAUUGGAAAAGGAGUCAAUUUCAUGAGGCAAUGCUGUGGGGACGUAACAUGGAUCAACACCUCUAUGGCCAAAUUUUUGCAAUCCGACUCAAAUUGUCGAGCCAUCCAUAUCGAUCAGCUCCUGCAACCUAUCGAUCGGCUAUACAAGCUUGUCAAUGAUCGGUUAGUAUCACUCAUGCUCGACAAAUUUCACCUAAUGGAACACAUGGAAGCAAUUCGAGGAUAUGUGUUUUUGGGACAAGGUGACCUAGUCCAAACCCUCACCGACUCUUUAGCCCACGAACUUAAUCUACCUCCCGGCAGACAAUACCGACAUAAUUUUUUGCCUGCUGUCGAUGCUGCCUUUAAAACCUCUUCAGCAUCUUCUUGGCCUGCCUACCUACAAGAAUGCUGUGACAUACUCAUUCGUACAAACAAAAACUUAGCGCCAGAACGUCCCUCCUCAUCUUACUACAACCCAAAGGAUGGCUGGGACACUGUUGAACUUUUCUACAAACUAUCAUCUCCUAUCAGUGCUGUCAUAGGAAACAAGUCACUUCUCCAGCAGUAUAGACUUGUGUUCCGCUUUUUGUGGAGACUCAAACGAACCGAACACAUUUUGGUAAACACCUGGAGAGUUCUGACCAACUGUUCUAAACAACUUCUGACCAUCGUGCCAGAAAUUUCUGGCUUGCUUCACCUCUGUCACAUGACACGACACGAAAUGGUAUGCUUUUCUAACAACAUACAGUACUAUUUCAUGUGUGAGGUUUUAGAAAGUUCUUGGCAAACACUGCAGCAAAAAGUUUAUUCCAGCCUCUCUUUAGAUGAAAUCGUAAACUCCUACAAUUUCUACAUUUCCACUAUUGUAAAAGCAAUCUUCUUUGAUUAUACAUCUGUCUCUCAUCCUAAAAAUACAGACUCAAAAGACGCUAAUAAGACUCAAAAAACUCUCUCUUCUAUGAUCUUAGAAAUCUCAGACGUCAUAAGAGAGUUUUGCCAUCAGUGUGAAAUGCUCUAUUCGGUUUCAUGCGAAAUUGCUUCUUUUAGUAAUCCAGAGUUCCGAGAAAAUUUGGAACAUACUGACAGGUACAAAUGGGGAGUCACAGGGGAAGAUGAAGCUGUUAUUCAAGAUUUUAAAGAGCACUUGGAAAAAAUUUUAACUGUCGAAUUGAAUACGGCUAUUGAUAAAUACAAGCAAGUGUUUCGUCAAUUCCUAACCACUUUAAGCUACGAAGUAAAAAAAGGGAACAACGCUCAUCUAAGAUACUUGUUUCAACGUAUAAACUACAAUUCAUAUUAUACACUUGAAAGUCGUCGAAAUCAGUUCGCAUCCACAAUAAGUCCAACUGUUUGUUCUACCACGAUAUCAAAUUCCAUGCUCGAUGCUAUAAAAGGUGACAGUCCAUUAAAUGCAAAAAUAAAUUCAGCAACUGCUGAGACUCCAAAAAAUCCAUAACAUUACUAUGCGUACCUAUGCA